AUGAUAGAAGCUGUUGGCCAUGAAUACAUGGAGGAAUUCUUUGGUUGCUGUGAAUCAGUAUUAGCAGAAGAUGGACUUCUUGUUUUACAGGAUAACAACAGCCAUGGAUGCCGCAUCCAGACUCUGUGUGGAGCAUGUGGAGAUAUAGGACUUCGUUACUACCAAACCCUUAGAUGUUGGAGAGAGAAUUUCUUGGAGAAGCAGAGCAAAAUCAUUGCCUUGGGAUUUGACGAGAAGUUCAUUCGGACAUGGGAAUAUUAUUUUGAUUAUUGUGCUGCUGGAUUCAAGUCUAAUACUCUUGGGAAUUACCAGGUUGUAUUUUCUUGGCCUGGAAAUGUAGCUGCACUUGGCAAUCCAUACAAAGGCUUCCCCUCGGCAUCUUAGUUUAUUCUUUCUCCACAUUUCAGAAUUGUACCCUA